AUUUUAUUAAACAACAACAAAAUGGUCCAAAAACAUCGUUCAGUUUCCAAAGCCACCCUCGCCAAGGAUGUGAGCCCGAUGCGCAACAUGACAAUCAACAAGCAGGCGCUCGCCUCGAGUCCCGCCAACGGCAUGUCACAAAGCUUCGGUGGCCGCUUAUGUGUGCCCUCGGCAGCAUCGAGUAGCUGCAACAGUGCCGACAAAUGGAAAUACAACAACAUGGUGAACAAUCAACGCGAACAAUUCAACAGUUUGCACUUCUGCUAGGCGCCUGGCAUCCUGGCUCGUCGAUAGCGGGUUCCAAAACUCAAGUUCGAAGAACAUUUUUCGAAAUUUGACUGGCUAAGGCAGCAAAAUUGGCGGCGUCACACAUGUUUGGGCACAUGACAUUUACACAUAUGUAUAAAAUAUCAUCAAAGUUGUUUGUUAGCAUUCCAAUAAAUUAUACAUUUUAUAGUUAAACAUUA